CGCGGAGCCAGGCAGACCGGCCAGGCUGCGAGCCUCCCCGUCGAUUCGCACCCCCCCCCCCUCGACCAGCUGCUGCUGGUGCCAUGCUGGGCCCGCUUGUGACCUCGAGGCGGUGACACAAAUCCGCGAGUGCUAUUGCUGUUUGCUGUUGCACCUGCGGCCCGUGGUGUCUUGAGAAGCCAGCAGUGGAGUUGCAAGCUCCCGUCGUGGUAACGUGGACUUUCCUCACCCACGGCCAGUGAGGCGCGCAAUGGAAAUGCGACGGCAUUAGACCCGGGCGCGACCACACGUUGAGCUGAGCGAGCUGACCGCCGGCGUGCGGGGGACACCAUGCCCACGGCCAUCCUCCUCGACUGCUCGCUCUCCAUGGCCUGCCCGGUGCCCGGGGUGGCGGAGGGAGCCGAGGAGCCGACACGGAGGCAGCUGGCCACCGCCGCCCUGUCGGCCCUCUUCCAGCACGUGCAGGCUCUCUACCGCCUCGAGUUCACGGCCCUGCUCGCCUUCUCGUCACGCUGGCAGCUGGUGGUGCCCUUCACGCGCGACUACAACGCCCUGCAGGAGGGCCUGGCGAGCCUGGAGGAGCGUGACAAGACGUGCCUCGAGGAGGCCUUGGCAGGACUGAGCCGCGUCGUGUUGGAGGAGUGGGGAGUCGGGACCCCCUGCCAGGUGAUCGUGGUGACGGACGGGUGCCUGGGCGUGGGCCGCGGGACCCUGCGUCACUCUCUCGCCACGCUGGGUGCCCGCACGGACGAAGAAGGCCGCUUUCCUCUGCCCUUCCCGUUCCCCGCGCGUCUCUACGUCAUGUGCCUGGCCACCGUCGAUGAGCUACAGAGCAUCGGAGCCCUGGAGAGGCUGGAGAAGCUCAUAGAGCUGAACAACGGCAGCGGGCAGAUCGUAGCGGUGGAGGGGCAGCUGCUGCUCAAGAACGUCCACAACAUGGUCAGCAAGUUCACGGAGCAGGUGUACACGCCUUUCCCGGCCACGCUGCGCUGUGGACACCUGGCGUCGGACGUGACCCUCUUCCCGCGGCCUGAGCCCGUCACCCCGGAGCACGAGUUCGAUCCUCACCCCAAGUGCAUCUCCUCUGCCUUGGAGAUUGUGGGGUUCCUGGAGCUGGCCGACGUGUCCAGUCCCCCCGUGCUCUCCCGUCACCUCGUGCUGCCCAUCGCUCCGGCCAAAGAGAGCGAGGAAGGUGUUGGCGGCACCCCGGAGGAGCCCGAGGAGGAGAGCUCCGCGGUGACCAGCGCAGGCAAGUUGCCGUCGUUCUGCGUGCUUCUGCACGGCAGCCUCAAGGUGGAGGGCAUGGUGGCUCUUGUGCAGCUCGGGACGGAGUGGUACGGGAUGCUGUACUCGCAAGCGGACAGCAAGAAGAAGUCCAACCUCAUGAUGUCGGUGUUCGAGCCGGGCUGCGACCCCUUGCCCUGGCUCCAAGCCAUCCCGCUGCUGGGCCCCGUCACAGAUUACAAGGAGAACCCGUACGGUGCGGACGACUCGAGAAGCCCCUUCCCUCUGCCGCCGCAAUGCAAGCGGAGCUACGCGCAGAACCUGCCGGUGUGGAUCAAGCCCAGCGGCCUGCAGGCUGACAUUCAGAAGAUCUUGAGAAAUGCAAGAAAGUUGCCUGAGAAGACGCAGACAUUUUACAAGGAGCUGAACCGGCUGCGGCGCGCGGCGCUGGCGUUCGGCUUCUGGGAACUGCUGCGCGGCGUGGCCGACGUGCUGGAGCGCGAGUGCACGCUGCUGCCCAGCUCGGCGCACCCCGACGCCGCGUUCCAGCUGGCGCACGCCGCGCAGCAGAUGCGGCUGGCAGCGCGGCCCGACCUGCACCGCGCCACGGCGUACGACUGCUGCGUGGCGCCGUUGCCCACCAACUUCUCCUGCGCCGGGGUCGAGUGACCGCACGCUCCCGCGGGCGGGGCGGGCGGGCACAGCGGGCGGGCGGGCGAGCGGACGGGUAGCCGGUGACUGUCGAGUGAACUCGUCCGGCCGCGGUGAUUUUUCUACGCGACGUGUUCGGGAUGCGCCCGCGCGGUUCGUUGCGGCACGAUGCCCGACGUUUUUCGCCACAUGCUGUGGGAGCUUCUACAGGAAGAAUUAGUUCGAUCCCUGAAGUGCCCAGCACUUGGAAUGAAAUAUCAGACAUGGUGGCGAACUGGCGCGCGCAGUACAGCCCAGAAACGCGUAUCGGAGAGUUAUACGGCACGACGCUGAAAAACCGACACAGUAAACGACGCUUCGCUUCGGUAACAGCAAAGUGCCCUUUCCUCCUUGAGAAGGGACGUAGCGGGUGCACUUGAUGGAAAUAUGUAAACCCAGAUCGGAUGCAUAUGUGUACCCUGUGCAACUGCCAGCACUCGUGUUGCUGAUUUCAGUUACGCACGUGUCAGCAGGAAGACGAGUAUCAAUAAAAAGUACGUGAUCCGUGCGUUCUGACACGUUCGAAACGUGAACGUGUCCUGAUUAGCCGUGUAAUGCAAAUGGGGAUAACUGAUCACAGUUUCGUUUGUUUGCUUUAUAUGCUGUGUUCGUGCUUUCUGAGUGUUCCUAUGGAAUGCACCAGGGGUGAUUGUGGCACUUCAAUAAAAAUGUGGGAAGUCACGCAGUGUGACUGCAUGAAAAGUUGUCUAUAAAUGAAAGACGGAGAGAAAAGUGCCAGUUUUGAUGACUUGCGCAAAGCAAUUGCAUGGGCUUUUGCAGUUAGGGCUGAGGAUGGAAAAAUUAUCCCUUCCCUUUCAAGUUUCCCUUUGAGCUCUGACCAGAGGCUUAAACGAUGCCUUUAAGUUGUCUAUUUCACUUCAGGGUAAUAUUCUUGCCUGAUAAAAGUGAUGGGCAUGGGACCAUACAGAAGUCUAUUAGGGCCUUUUACAAAGACUCCAAGUGGCCGUAAGGCAAAAAGAUAUAUCCGUUUGAAGAACAUUGUCUUAAAAAUAUACAUGUGCAAUUCUUCUCAUUGUGUUUAUGUAACGUGCCAAUUCGGUGUCUUUUUGUGCUAAUGUUGUAAAUUUAUUUACGAACUGUGACAAAAAAUAUGCUAUAAAAGGGCAGUUGGCAAGGUUUCCUCUGAUGAUUGAUUGCUAAAGGUUAUACAAGUAACGUAAUCUCACGUUUGCCGUUUUCGAGAUGACGUUAUGUUCUAAUUUUUACGAUUAUAUUUUCUCCAGCCACACAUUAUUUAGUUGACCUCAGAAACCGCAGGAAUGUGUGCAUGUUUAGCAGCUUGACCUAUGACCUUUGGCUGCUUGCUGCUGUCACGACAAAUGCAUACGCCACAAUUACACGAUCAUUCCCCCUUUGUUUUUGAAAUUUUCAUUUUUUAUUUUCAGCCAGGGCCGUCUGAGCUUCGAAAAAUAUUCCACCCCCUGCCAACUCCUGACAAAGGGGGCGGGAGGCAGGGGUGGUGAGAUCCAGGCUAUUGAGAGCUUUGGUAUCCUGGAAAAUAUUCCCCGAGGAAAUAAUCCCUUUUUAGUAACCUUGCAAACCGACACUUUAACUGCCCUCAAAUAUUCUUUAACAGCAACGCUUAAAACGAGGUUGCUUUGCAUCGGCGAGCUGUUCAUACGCUGCUGGCACCGUAGUUUGUGAACAUCACUCCAGCGGCACCACUCAAGACGAACGCUGCUGCCUGCUGCCCGCCUGAUCCCUUUUCUCAAUUAUGCGCAUCCUUCAUGCCGCAUUCGUUAGCACGUAUCAGUGCUCAAUUAUUCACGACACGCUGGCAACUCUUCCGGCUCACGGUGACAUUUAGUGCAAUUGGUAGUGACGGUACAUGGGUGUUGUGUUUUGUCAUCAACUUAUAGUGAAAUAGCCACCCUGCUGCCAAGCCUGAUAACCAUUGUUGUGAAAAUAUAUAAACGGAUGUGUUUUAAGUAUAUAAUCGUGUCGUGCUUGUGACUGCCGUGCGCCGAUGUCGAUUGUCGCUAUUUAUACAACGCGGGCCCCUUGCUGGAGGAGCACUCCAAGCCUCUCGUUGUUGCCUUCUUGCAAGUGCGGUUUAAACACGGCCCAAGCAACACCAUCCCGGCACUGCAAAUCAGCCGCCACGGUGACCUGAAGCCAAGCAUGGACAUGGCACCUCUGACCCCUGAGCACAUUAUACUAGUUGGUGACUACAUUUUUCAGUUUUAUACAAAUUUCCAACAUUUUUAAAAGUGGAGACCAACAUUUUAAUGGCAGUACAUUUUUACCAAAUUCCAAUUUGCAACUGAAUGUGCCGGUUGCGUUUGUGAAGUUGUUAAUACUACAUUGAAUAUUAUCGGAAUUUUUUUUUCCUGGGUCGUGUUCUUGGGACAAUCGCAACAAACUAGAAAUGUGGAUAAUGCGCCAUAAACUACCGCCCAUUAAACAAGAGCGUGAACUUAAUGUCACUUUUUCGUGCUGCUUUUACAAAAAAAAAGGAUUGCCUAUCAGCAUUGUUCAUGUUGUGAAGGAUAACGGGCCUGUUGUUGUGGAAAACAGUUUACUUGUUGAUGUGCUUGCUUUAAGUACGAUGUAUCCGUUUACUUAAUACACGUUA